CACAGCAGCAGACUCAGGGGAGAGGAGACUUCCAGCAGGACUUGGUCUGCAGCCUUUGCUACAGGAAACGCUGCGGUGUCGACCCGUUAGCUCAGCGUCUCCCUGCCUUCCUGCUCUGCUGCAGCGCUGCUUCCUGGAAAUCAGCUGUCAGGGAACAGGCUGCUUUCUCUUUCCUGUAAACCACGUGGUUCUCUGGGUCUGCUCCAGCUGGCCUGGCACAGCGGUUUCAUUUUCAACCUACAGGAACAACCCAGGAUCUGCUCCUGGUUCUGUCUCUGACCCCAGAGCUGAAAAUGCCAAUCAUCAUUACCAUAACUAAUGAGACCCCUUACACCUGGUACUACUCUUAUGAAAAAGACAAGGAUGGGAGCAAACUGAAGGCACAUGGCACGGCCACUGGACGAUGGCCUUUAGGGUUUUCUUUAUUAAAAUAUCCAUUCCGGAUGUUUGACGCUGUGUUGGAUAGAGGGAUCUUCCUUAGCUAUGGAGACCACUCUAGGUGGGACCUUCAAUCUGACAAUCGCAUCGAUGAUUUCACUUUAAGAGAGAGCGAUGAUCGGAGAAACUUUGAGCUGGUCAACAGUUCUGAUGAGGUAGUUGACCGCUGUCCCAACUUCGCAAGAAUCGAAGAAGAGAAACGAGAACGAGAGGAACGCAAAAGACGACAAGAGGAAGAGAAACGCAGGAAGAAGGAAGAGGAGGAGAGGCGUCAAGCAGAGUUGGAGCGAAUGAGAAAGAUCCAAGAGGAGAGAAAGAGGAAACAGGAACAACAAGAACGUGAAAGACUAGACCGGGAACGCAGAGAACGUGAACGACAGAAACAGGAACAACUAAAACGGGAAAGACUAGAACAGGAACGCAGAGAACGUCAAAGACUAGAACAGGAACGCAGAGAACAGGAAAGACUAGAACAGGAACGCAGAGAACGUCAAAGACUAGAACAGGAACGCAGAGAACGUCAAAGACUAGAACAGGAACGCAGAGAACGUCAAAGACUAGAACAGGAACGCAGAGAACGUCAAAGACUAGAACAGGAACGCAGAGAACAGGAAAGACUAGAACAGGAACGCAGAGAACGUCAAAGACUAGAACAGGAACAACAAGAACGUGAAAGAGUAGAAUGGGAGGAAAAGAAAAAACGUCAAAGAGCGCUGCUGAGGAAAAUGCAAGAACAGGAGGAAAGACGUGUGGCAGAGCUGGAACAAGCCAGGAGAAUCCAGGAACAGAUUUACUGGGAGAAUAAAGCCUCAGAGUGGAAGUUCAAGGAAGCUCAGGAAAGACUUGAGGAGCAACAACAAGCGAGAGGACAAGUACAGCAGCAGCAGAGUGAAGUUCUGCACCAGCUGCUGGACGAUCACUCAGCUCACAUCGAGAGAGAUGAGGUUGGAGAUGUGCAGCUCAAAUUUGAAGAACUUAUGUCAAGCUACGAAAUCACAGAGAAUGAAAAGUCAGAGAUCAACCUUGAAGACAGAAUGAAGUCUCUCCAAAAUAAGCUGAUGUUAGAUUACCUAACACAGCACAAUAUCCCUGCCUGGUCACAGUGGGCUCUGGAUCAGGCCACUGGAUAUGUGGAUCUUUCCCUGACUGAGCGUUUCAGUGUCUUGGAGGCAGUGGCCAAGGUUACACUGGAGGGUGACCCUGAUUUUGGGUCUGAACACAUUACUGGACAAGACAAAAAGAAUAAAUUCUUCCUCAGUUUGCAAGAUCAGCUGCAGAUCUCUAACCCAACUCUGGCCAGACAGAUUUUAGUAAAUAUUCUUGAAGUGACUUCUGUGUUGCCUAAACAAGGCAAGGAGAUCCUCAGUCAAAUACUUUUCAACAACAUCUGGACUCCAAAAGAAAUCAAGCUUUUCACGGGACGGACCCGGGGCGUUGAUCAGGAAAUAGUUUCAAAAAUCCUUCAUAAGGUAUGCACCUAUAAGCUAAGCUGUAUACAGGCUCUCACAGCUCUGAGUCACCAAGAUCCUAUUGGAUGCAUAGAAGACUGUGUAUUAUGUGAGCUGGACAAAGAUCAUGAAACCAUUUUGGAUGAGAUGCGAGAAAAUAACUAUCCAGAGCAUCUCCUGUCACAACUGGAAGAAAUCCUUCAAUACGUUGAAGCAGUGUUGCCCAGAUGUAAAGGAGUAGAACUAGAGUCAGACGUGAUUGAGGAUUGUAAAAGUUGGAUAGUUUCAAUAGAUUUUGAUGAACCCAACACUGAUAUGUUAAAGAGCAUCCUUAUUGUCAUGUCAAUAGCUGUGAAGCAAUGCACCGCCUUCACCUCUUUAAGUGGAGAGAAGGUUCCAGGUUACUUCCCCAGAUUGACUCAGCUUGCAUCGCUGCUCUUACUGCUGCUACCUCAGUCCGGAGGGAAGAAGGGAUGCCUCCUGGAAAUUGGAACUGGUGAGGGUAAGACGUGCAUCUUAGCCAUGUUUGCCACUAUCCAGGCUAUACGAGGUACAGCAGUGGAUGUUGUGACCAGCUCCCCUCUGCUUGCAAUUCGAGAUCAAGAUGAGUGGAAAAAACUCUAUGAAGUGUUUGGUGUGACCUCAUCCACUGUUCCUCCACAGCAUCAGACUAAAAGUUCCUUUGAGGAUCAUGACAAGCAGCUUGAAGAAGCUUAUUCCAUGCAAGUAGUUUAUGGCACCGUUUGUACCUUUGCUGCAGACAUACUGAGGCAAGAGUUUGAGAAGAAAACGACUCGAGGCUGCAGGAAGUUUGAUUGUGUGAUUGUGGAUGAAGUGGACUAUAUGACGCUGGACAGUGGUGUUCAGGUGACAUUCCUGUCACAUCAAGCCAACGGCCUGAGACAUCUGGAACAAGUCCUGGCAAGCAUCUGGGCCAUGCUGUCUGUCUGCCGACCAAUAGAAAUAUUUGAAACAGGAGAGAUCCAAUGGGGAACUAGGAUCCAGUACUGCCACAAGGUUGCCAAGCAAGCUGUGGUUGGUUCAGAAACAGACUUUUCAGAGGCUGACAUACUGUGGCUGGGUGUGAAGCUGGGGCUUUAUUCUCAGGAGGAUUUGGAAGAAUUAAAUAAAGCAAUGAGUCAAACUCAAACAGAACAAGAAAGCACUGAAGAUACAAAAUGUAAACUCCUUGGAAACAUCAUGGCCAAGUUGGGACACCAAGAGCAGUAUCAGCUGUUCAGGGAACUUGAGACCAAAGUGCUUGAAGGCGUGGUGGUAGAUUGUUACUCACUUGUGAACAACAAAGCCAAGCUGUAUGGUAAGGACAGUUGUUCCAGAGACCCUGACAUCCGAAUGCUUCUUCUGCAGAAUGGAUGUGCCUGUGAAAUCAUGUCUGAGAAAUCACUCAUCGAGUCAGCUGUUGAGAAGGUAAAGUCUAGAAUUAAAUAUUCUAGUGAGUGUUGCCUAGACUCAGUGGAGAAAACUAAGGAAUGUAUUGUGAUUCCAUCUUUCUUGAAAGAAUACGUUGAGAAUCAGUUACCCAUUUUUGCAGAGAAUGCUUUGAGAGCCAUUCAGAUGGCACCAGGCAGAGAGUACAUGAUUGAGAAGGCUCCAGAAGCUGACAGACCUGGUUUCUGCGGUGAGGACUCUCAUCAUUACGAUGCCAUAAUUCCUGUGGACUUCCAGGCCAGUGGGGUGCUGGAGAAAAACAAGCGCUGGGGCGAAGGCCUUCAACAGUUUUUGGAGAUGAAACACCAACUGGCGAUUUCACAACUGUCCAAUGUAACAAAUUACAUGUCAAAUGUCCACUUCUUUAAAAAAUACCUCACUGGUAAAGGCAUUUUUGGAGUCUCUGGGACGUUAGGAGGUGAAGCUGAGAAAGCAUUUCUAAAACGGCAGUACAAAACAGCCAGUUACGUCAUUCCAGCUCACCGCCAUAAGAAGCUAGUGGAACUGCCUGCAGUUCAGGUGAGUGGAGGAAAGACGGAGUGGAUCCAGGUGAUCUGUGACACUACAUGGCGAGCAGCAGACAGAGGGCAAGUUGUUUUGAUAAUCUGCGAGGAUGUCAAGACCGCAGAGGAGCUGAGGAGUAAAGUAUGUGUGAGACGGCCUACCGAGAUAACCAUGUACACAAUCAGUGCCAAGCACAACAUUGAAAAGGAGACUUUCCAAAAGGGACACAUCAUCAUUGCUACAAACCUUGGAGGCAGAGGAACUGACAUCCAUGUUCACCAAGAAGUCAAUGAGUGUGGAGGUCUCUUUGUACUUCUCACAUACUUCCCUGGAAGUCACCGUGUUGAGAGACAGGUGUUUGGACGCACUGCCCGCAAAGGAAACCCAGGGAUGGCGCAGAUGAUACUGGACCAGGAUCUGCUAGCACCAGCAUACCAAGGCCAUUCAGUGGAAACCAUGAGACAAGUAAGAGAAGAGUAUGAAGUCAGGCGUUUAGAUGGUAUGGAGAAAAAUGAGCUGUUUCAAAUUGAAAUGAAGGAAUACCUGUUCUCCAUGUUUUGUGAAUUUCUUGGUGGCUUUGACAAGAAUUACACUGAAGAGGAGAGAAUGGAUGUCACAAGGCUGAAGGUAAAAGAUCUUCCUGAGUGUUUUAGGAGCCAUCGCCAAAAGUUUGAUUAUGAGAUAGCAAUCAAUGCUUUGAAGGAAUCGUGGGCUUUGUGGCUCAUCCUCCAUGAAGAGCAUCUCAGUAGACGAGACGAGAUCCACGUCCUGAAAGCAAACCUCAUUAAAGAUUUGAAGAAGACUGCUGGUCAAAUCUUAAAAGGGAAAAGCAACAAUUUCUAUGACUUCAUCAAACUGGCAAAAAGCAGAACUGAAAUUCACCGCAGCAACAAAAAUGAAAGUGACUUUGGAGCAUUAUCAUACUGGCAGAGUGCUGAACAGUGUGAUCCUUUCUACAGUGCUGUGGCUCUUUAUAACCAGGCAUACAUCACAGUCAACCUGCGCAGGAGUGGCUACAAAACAAAAGCAAAGCAGUUAUUGGAAAAAGCAAAGACUGCUGUGGAUGUGUACCUCUCAGAAUCAACAAACGCCAUGAUGUUUUACAAUUUGGCAGUGACUAAUGACUUUUUACCCCACCACAAAGACAGCAAUCUGCAGACGCAAAUAAAAGCUAGAAUGAGCGUCUUCAAAUGUUGGAAAGGAUAUAUCGAGAAUGCUCUGAAAAUGCUUGAGCACAUUGCCAGCAGCGAAGGAGAUGCUGUCUUAGAAGACUCCAGUGUUUACACUCUGUCCAAAGACAAAGACCCCAUCACUACCAGUGAACUAAUGGUACUCCACGAGUUUGGCCUCUGCGUUGUGUUUGAGGUUAAAAAGAAGCCUGAGUUUUCCAUUGACGCCUUUGCUUGUUUCUGUCUUGGGGUUCUCCAAGUUGCAGCAGGUGUUCUUGUUUGUGCUCUGUCCUACGGAAGUGCCAGCCAGUUUGGGCUUGGACUCAUCUGUGAAGGCGUUUCUGACAUGAUUGAUGGAAUAAAGGGAAUGCUACAAGGAGGCUUUGACUGGGCACAGUGGGCAAUCUCCAAAGCCAUCAGCAUUGGGGUGUCUCUGGUUUUUGGUGGAUUGAGCAAACUCAAGAGAGCUGCAAGUGCUGUCAAAAGUGGAGCAAAAGGUCUGAUGGCUGGGUCUAAAUGUAGCUCCAUCAUCACAGUGAAACAAUGCUUUAAACAUGCAGGAAAAUAUGCUGUUCAGGAACUGGGGAAGCAGGGGGGUGUCGCCGCGCUGAGCUAUAUCGUGAACAAUGGACUUACAGCUUUAUUUAAAAGGAUUCUAAACGAUACCUUCAAGGACAAAGUCUUUUCAAUGAUAAAAGAUAAUAGCCGUCUGGAUUCGGCUCUAAUAAACAUCAUUUGUUCAGCAGUACCAAAGACUGCCAUGGAGCAGGGGGUCACUGACUUCAAAAUAGACGUGGGGUGUGAGAAUGAAAUGCGUCGAUCAGUGGACAUAAUGACCCAUGACAUAAUCCCCGACCUGAUGAUAGACUGUACCAAUGUUGGUAAAGUUCUUGAUACACUUUCAGAGGUCUGUGGUUCUGUAGCACGGCACAUGGACAAACAGAAAGAGAUGAAAAUGUUGAGGAAGAUUUUGGAAUCAGCUCAGUACAUUAAACUUUGUGUAGAAAUGCUGAAUUCAUUUCCCACAAAAGAUGUUAUUGAAAAAACCUUUGUGCCAAAGUUUAUGCAAAGCAUGGAUCAGCUGUCACAGGAAAAGUACAACAAAGACGGAAGACACAAAUUAUCUGAUGUGAAACGACUGAAAACAGACUUCCUCCAGAUUAUAGCCACCAGUGUUUCAGACUCAUUUGUUGAAGCAUGUUCAAGACACAUGACCUCCAUCAUAACCAGAACCUGCAUGACCAAAAUAAACAGCGCUGCUGGAAAUGCUGUCAGCAACCUGCUGGGCAGAGCUAACACUCAAAGUUUCUUUGACAACCAGCUCUAUAAACACCAGACUAAAAAGAUCAUCCAAAGUCCAUGUGCGUCUCUAUCAACAGAGGAAAAACAGGACCUUCAUUGUUACAUAGAAGAAAUUUCAGACGUCAAUUGUCCUGCUUCAGCCUUGGACAUCCAUGUCCUCACUCAGAGUGAUGCUCUCCAAGGCAAAGGCAUCAGAGUGAUAGUUGUGGAUGCAGAUAAUAAGAAGCUUUCAGAGGAUUAUUUUCCAGGAAAGGACAGUUCUGCAGAUGACGUUGUCCUCCAGCUGAGGAAAGAUCCAGAAGCAGCAAAACAGACGAUCACUGAACGGCUUGCUGGUAAAACGAGGCCCUACGCUGGACAUUUUGAAAUUCUGAGGCCUGAUGGUUCUGUGACUCCAGUAAACUCUGAAGGUCAGAACUGCUUGUAUCACGCUGUGGUUCAGGCCACCAGCAGAAGUCCAGCUGAUGUGAAACAGAAGGCCUUGAACCUUCGAAAUCAAGUAAAAGAUUCUCUUCUACAGGAAACACACAGGUAUGCAGCAGCCCUGCACCUGCAGAGAGGAUAUGAAGAAACACAUCAAAGUUCAGGUAAAUACACCAUCAGGGGAGGAGGGAGAAAGACACAACACGUGAGCAAAGAACAGUUUAAGAACACGAUGAACACGACGGAGCUGGAGGAUCUACCUGAAGGUGAAAUCUCCAUUAUAAACACCUACAAUCUGGGUCUGGUUGGCACCUUUGAUGAUAUCAAAGGACUGCGGAGGACCAAUAGAUCCAACACCAAAGCUGAUAACAACAGCAAGCAUUCUCCUGUGAAUGCAGACCACAUCCCACCUAAAAAUACCUUCCAGAAAGCUUUCGAGAUGCUACAGAAACCAGAGAACGAAGAGCUAAAGCAGAGCAUUAAAACAAAGAACCCAAAACUGUAUAAACUCAUUGAUAAAAAUGGAAACCGUGGGCUCUGCAGAGAGGUUCUAACAGAACAUCACCGGCAGGCCCUGACCACCGGCAACAGCAAAGGGGCUCAUUUAGUCAGGGAGAAGCUCUCUGAAGUCCUUCUCUCUGGUGACGCCAAUAAACUGCUGAAAAUGUCUCUGAUCGUGGCCAAUCCAGAGAUGUCUGAGACUCUGAGGAGAGAUGCAGGAAUCCACCAGCAAAGUAAAAGAACUGCAUUCAUGUCCAGAGAAACAACCAGGAGUUACCACACGGUGGGAGACAAGCUGCUGCUGAAUAAAUACUGUGAGAUGGGAGUCAUCGACCAGAGUGCUAAAGAUGAUCUUCAGCAGUGGACCAAGUCCCAGCUUUACUCCAGGAACUCACCAGAAUAUCAUGAACUGCUUGAAACGCUGACGUCAUCUAGAAGAAAUCAGAAACAUUAGAGAUGUGAAUUUAUCUGCCUGUAUGAACUGGUUGAUCAUUUGUUCUUGAAAUACCAGCAUUAUUUUGGCUGUUAAAGGUAAUAAUUGGAUCUGGAACAGCAAACUCUGCACACAUAUAGAAUAAAGGAGUGACAACUUAUCUUCAA